GUGGAGUGUGCUGUGUGUAAGGAGUGUGUGUGUGAUGUGAUGUUACCGGGGUAAAGGGGGAAGAGGAGGAGGAGGAGGAGGAGCAGGAGAUCUGCAGUGAAACAGAAGAUAAGCUCGGCUUAAUUCCAGCUCUGCUCUUACUGAAGUAAAACUAGUAACCAGACGCUGUAUUUGUGCGACAUAUGGGAGAAUGAUCAGGAGAAGAAACCUUCAUAUCGCCAGGAGCGGGACACACAAGUCGUUUUUGUCCUUUUAACCAGCGGAUUAUUAACAGCUCGAGUCAUAAACCCGAAAUAGUCCGUGUGUGUAAUGGGGAAGGAGGCGAACGGGGUGUCGAGGAGUCGCUUUGAGAUGUUCUCAAACAACGACGAGGCCAUCAUCAACAAGAAACUGCCAAAGGAACUGUUAUUACGAAUUUUCUCCUUUCUGGAUGUCGUCACCCUCUGUCGCUGCGCACAAGUGUCUCGGUCGUGGAAUGUUCUGGCUCUAGAUGGCAGUAACUGGCAGCGCAUCGACCUCUUCGACUUCCAGAGGGACAUUGAGGGUCGUGUGGUAGAGAAUAUUUCAAAGCGAUGUGGAGGUUUCCUGAGGAAGCUCAGUCUCCGAGGCUGUUUAGGUGUGGGAGAUGGUGCACUCAGGGCGUUUGCACAGAACUGCAGAAACAUUGAGCUGCUCAGUCUGAAUGGCUGCACAAAGAUCACAGACAGUACCUGUAACAGUCUGAGUAAAUUCUGUCCCAAACUGAAGCAUUUGGAUCUCGCCUCCUGCACCUCCAUCACCAACCUGUCUCUCAAAGCACUCAGUGAGGGCUGUCCGAUGUUGGAGCAGCUGAACAUCUCGUGGUGCGACCAGGUGACCAAAGAUGGCAUCCAGGCGCUCGUCCGCUGCUGUCCGGGGCUGAAGGGCCUCUUCCUCAAAGGCUGCACACAGCUGGAAGACGAGGCUCUAAAGCACAUCGGUGCUCACUGUCCAGAACUGGUCACACUCAACCUACAGACAUGUUCACAGAUCACAGAUGAAGGCUUGAUAACGAUUUGUCGAGGUUGUCAUCGGCUGCAGUCUCUGUGUGUCUCCGGCUGCGCAAACAUCACAGACGCCAUUCUAAACGCUCUGGGACAGAACUGCCCUCGUCUCAGAAUAUUAGAAGUGGCUCGUUGUUCGCAGCUUACAGACGUCGGUUUUACCACACUCGCACGGAAUUGUCAUGAAUUGGAGAAGAUGGAUCUAGAGGAGUGUGUGCAGAUCACAGACUCCACUCUCACACAGCUGUCCAUACACUGCCCUCGGCUCCAGGUUCUCAGUCUGUCUCAUUGUGAGCUGAUUACAGACGAUGGGAUCCGUCACCUGGGCAGUGGGCCGUGUGCUCACGACAGACUGGAAGUGAUUGAGCUCGAUAACUGCCCGCUCAUCACAGACGCCUCGCUGGAGCACCUCAAAACCUGUCACUGCCUCGACCGCAUUGAGCUGUAUGACUGCCAACAGAUCACACGCGCCGGGAUAAAGAGGCUCAGGACUCACUUGCCCAACAUUAAAGUCCACGCCUACUUUGCACCGGUGACUCCGCCCCCUUCAGUAGGAGGAAGUCGACAGAGGUUUUGCCGGUGCUGUAUCCUGCUAUGAUGUCACAGCCUCUGCCUCCUCGACCUCUCAACCCGAUUGUCCAGUAGCACAUGCUGGUGUUUCACUUGGUAAAGCAAAUGAGAAAGAGAGAGAGAGAAAGAGACAGAGGUGUGUGUGUGUGUGUGUGUGUGUGUGUGUGUGUGUGUGUGUGUGUGUGUGUGUGUGUGUCCUUACAAAGUGUUCAAUAUUUUAGGUUUCUUUCGUUGCCUCGUAAAAUCUGCUAAACAUCAAAAAGUAUUUCUAUUUUUUUUUAGAACACCACCCAGUGUUCCAGACGUAGCUGACGUUAAGUCUGAGUGCUUCACAGUGCCACCUUUAGUCAUGAAAGGCAAGUCAGCAAACGUGCAGUUGAUGAGUGAUUCGGGGACUGAAUCAGUCAUGGGUCAGUUAGUGAGUCAGUCAGUUGAGUCGGUUAUGGAGUGUGAAUCAUGAAUCGUGAGUAAUUUGUCAAGUGAUUUGAAUCAAUUUGAGUAAUGAAUCCAGGAGUCAAGUCAGAGAGUCGGUUAUGGAGUGUUCCUUGACCCGGUUAUAUAACUCGACAGUCGAGUUCAGGAGUCAGUGAGUGAGGCAACGUUUAGUCAGGGAGUCUGUAGGACGUGAAUCAUGAGUGAGAUCCGUUAGUCAUGCGUCAGUCUGUGAGUUACAUUAGUUACAUGAAUUAGUCCGGUGAAUCACGUGAAUCUUAUGAGUCAGUUGGGCAAGUCAUAAGAAAGUCUCGCAUGUGACGAUUCAGUUGAGAGGCGUGUCAGGUGAGUCAGCGAAUCACAUUAAAUAUGAGUAUUAUAAAGUGAACUCUCGCUCACAAAAUGAUGCUUAUUCUUAUUUUUAACUGGGACAAAAGCUCAUCAUGGGCAAUCUUUAACCGCCAUAAAGAGUGGACACAAACACACCCACACAAUCUCUCUCUCUCUCUCUCUCUCUCUCUCUCUCUCUCUCUCUCUCUCUCUAAGGUUGGUCAUAUAACGGAGGCUAAAUAUUUUUCUAAAGCAGUAAAAUAUGCCAAAAGCUGCAUGUUACAAAUCUAGUUUUUAUAAAAAAAAAGAAAAGAAAACAAUCUAUAUGAUGGGCGGGGCCUAAACGUUUGCAGCCAAUGGGGAAGCAGAAACAGAUGACUCAUCAGUGUCACAACCAGCCAGCCAAUCAGACCUGAUCGGCUUGCAAAAGGUACAUGGAACUUUGAGUGGGCGGGGCCUGCAUGCACAGCCAAUUAGAGAUAAGGAAGGAGCAAAUGGUGUCAGAGCUGGCCAAUCAGAUCGCAGGAGGACAGAGACGAUCAGUGAUGUCAUAUGUAGAGGAUUUAAAGAAUGAUGGAAAGUUCACACCAUUCUUGUGUGUGUGUCUGUCUCUGUGUGUGUGUGUGUGUGUGUGUGUGUGUGUGUGUGUGUGUGUGUGUGUGUGUGUGUGUGUGUGUGUGUGUGUUCCACCUCCACGUCACCAACCCACUUUCCAGCACACACACACACUCUCUUAAAAACCAGAAUGCGAAAAUGAACUGAACCAAUCUGAGUGUAUUAGUUUUGUCUGUGUGUGUGUGUGCGUGUGCAUGCAUGUGUGUGCACGUGCGUGAUCGUGCAUGCGUGGGUGUGUUGGGGAUGGUGUGACUGUAGUGUGUGUGUGUGUGUUUAGCUUUGGUUUACACACUUCAUUCAUAAUGCAGAAACUGGAGCCACACACACUCUGGUUCAUCACUACAGGAGCCGUCUGGUUCAAGAAACAUCUCUCUCACACACACACACACACACACACACACACACACACACACACACACACACUCCCACUAUGAUUAUACACCUGUCGGUUUGUCUGUUUACCUUUCUGUCUCUCUGUGUGUGUGUGUGUGUGUGUGUGUGUGUGUGUGUGUGUGUGUGUGUGUGUGUGUUGGGGAUGGUGUGACUGUAGUUGUUGCGAUUACACUUGUUGUAAAUCACUUCCCUUUUACUUUGUUUUCCUUUUUACGAUUAACUCCUAUAAAUAACUAAAUGCAUAAAUGAAUAUGUAUGUAUGAAUAAAUAUAUAACUAUAUUAUUAUUA